AUGCUGUGGCGCUCGCUCCUCGUAGCGGUGGUGCUGGCCUAUGUGGUCCCUAGUGCCUAUGCGGAGGAUCUGAGUGUCUCUGACUGGUUGAAAAAGGCGAACACAGCCCUUACGUCGUAUGAUUACCAUGCGGCGUUGGACGCUUACGACCACGCGAUCGAGCUGGACCCGAGCGCGUAUUUGACAUACUUCCGUCGUGCUACGGCACAGCAGGCCCUGGGUAGGUCUGGCCUGGCAACAAAGGAUCUGAAAGCGACACUAGAACGCAAUCCCACGUUUGCCAAAGCCUAUCUUCAACUCGCACGGAUCGAUCUCAAAGAAGGUGAAUAUGCAGCCGCCCUUGAGACGUUGCAGAAGAUGAAGAAGAUGGGCGCGACUCAGGCCCAGACAGAUUCAGAGCAAUGGUCAGAGCUACAGAAGCAAGUGACCCAUGCGCAGACGCUCAGCAAGAAGCUCAGUAAGAGUGGGGGUAAGAAAGCCGAGGAAUGUGUCCAAGUCGCUGACGAGCUCUUGAAACUGGCGCCCAACGAUAUUGUGGCGCGCAAGCUCCGUGCGGAGUGUGAGCUGGAGCGUGGGCAUCUUGAUGCGGCGGUGACUGACUGGACACGACUUGCUCACCUUGCACCGUCGCCAGAGCUGCAACUGCGGCUCUCGCUGUUGGCGUACUAUGUUCUAGGCACACGCGACUCCCAAAUGCAAGAAGCUGGCCUGACACACUUGAAAGCAUGCCUGCACAAUGAUCCUGAUAAUAAGGCAUGUAUUCGCGCUCACAAACAGCUACGCAAGAUGGACAAGCAACUCCAAAAGGCCCGCAAGUUUUCGGACAGCCAGAGUUGGAAUGCCGUAAUUAGCGCCUUGAAAGGCGCCAAGGUCGGUGGGCCAACACUGUACGAGGAAGUGGAAUCGAUCUUGCAUGACGCGGUCGCCGCAAACGUGCUCCCCUCGCAGCUGGCUCAUGUCGUGGAGCGAAGUGAACUGCGCCAUGAGAUCGAAGAGAUGUACUGCCGCUCCUAUGUCGAGCAGAACCUAAUCAAGAAGGGUAUGCCAUGGUGUGAUAAGCUACUUGCGCGAGAUCCGAAUCACGUCCAGGCCCUCGUUGCCAAGGGUGAAGAGCAGAUGAGCUUGGAGAAGUAUGAAGAGGCUGUGCGGAUCUUUACACAGGCAUUUGAGAAGACGCAGAAUUCCGAUCGAAAGAUUCAUGCGCGUCUCUCGAAAGCGCAAAAGCUCCUGAAGCAGUCCAAGUCGAAGGACUACUACAAAAUUCUGGGUGUUGCGCGCGAUGCGGAUGAGCGUACCAUUAAGAAAGCCUAUCGCCGCCUCGCUCGUGAACAUCACCCAGACAAAGGUGGUAGUCAAGAGAAAAUGGCAGAGAUCAACGAGGCUUUCGGUGUGCUAGGCGACGCGGAACUGCGUGCUCGGUACGAUCAAGGCGACGAUCCCAACGACCCGAUGGCAGGCCAGGAGCAAGCGUAUGCACAGGCGUUUACGCAGGGUGGUCAUCCGUUCGCCCAGUUCUUCCAGCAGGCACACUUUGGUGGUGGGGGUGGUGGCCAACAAUUCCAUUUCUCCUUCUAA